AUGAACACCGCUACACCGAUAGUGUCGCCGUUUUCUGGUUCCCAAACCAUAGCGGAACUACUAUCCCAGCCUAACUCUGUAACCGCCGACCUGGUCCAAGCCGUGACCGCGCUCCAACAAAUGGUCACAACCCUUGUGACCGAGAACGCAGCCCUGCAUCAACAAAUCCUCGAUUUGACUACUCAAGUCGCUAAGUUCCUCUCCGCUCCAGCGCUGCAACCUACCGCCCAUGUCCGACCCGAACCGAAUGAAAGCCCGCUGCCUACACAGGCUACUCCCCCAACUGGUGCCAAAGGUGCCAUGGAAUCCAACUGGGCGACUGUCACCUCGAAACACAAACCCAUUCGCCCCCUAACAUCACCUAGACGUAUUGCUGCCAAUGCCCGUGGAUUUACACCUGUUACCGGCCCACAAGGCUUUGAUCAUCUUUACCUUCAUCGUUCCUGCCGCAUGGAUCGUGCCGAAGUCUGCCGUCGACUUCGUCGUUUUGGUAUUGACUCCUCCCGCAUCUUGGAUGUCAGUUUCCCGGCCCGCAACAUUAUUGGCCUCCUCCUCCAUGUCCAGUAUAUACCCAUCGUUCGUGAUCUUUUGGAGAAAGCUACUGUUUCCCCUAUCGCUAACUUCGACCCCACUGAUCCUACCAACCUGGGCGAUCCCAAAUAUGCAUCUCACUCACUUGAACACCGUACUGCCUUAGCCCUCCAACUCCACAGAGAACGUUGUAUCCAAACGCUCAAAUAUCUCCGUCCCCAUAUUGCUGUCCCCAUUGCACAUGCUUUUUAUCAAUGUGGAUGGAUCCUUGCCUCCGAUCAUGCUACGUUCACCACAUCGGGACCCUAUGUGGAUCGUGAUAAGUUUCCCAGCGACACUGAGUCCUCUUCUCUGCAACCUGAAACCGAAAUGGAUCUUGAUGGUGCCUUCUCCUCUCGUCCUACUUCCCGCGCCUCCCACUACUCUAAUAAUUAA